AUGAACAACGAAGGAAACGACGAGUUUCAAGACGCCAAGCCAAUAAUCGUCAGUUUAAUGAAAGCGCCACCAUUUUGUCCACAACGAGUGGCAUUGUGGUUUGCAAAACUCGAGGCACAGUUUGCAAUUCAUGGCAUCGUGGUGGAAAAAGACAAGUUUAACCACGCGAUUUCACUAAUCGACACUCGCUAUGCUGCUGAGGUAGAAAGCCUUAUCAUUAACCCUCCUGCGAACACUCCGUACUCGGAUCUAAAAAACGUUCUGACUGCCUGCUUCUCUAAAUCCGAAGAAGCCAAACUUCGCCAACUCCUUGAUGGUGAACAAAUCGGCGACAGGACUCCAUCACAGUUCCUAAGAAACCUCAAAGCACUCGCACCGAGUGUUGACGAAGCCGUAGUAAAAACAAAAUGGCUAUCUGGCUUACCCGAACAAACAUGCGCACUCCUCACAGCGCAAAAAGACGCUACCCUUGAUGAUCAAGCGCAAAUGGCCGACAAGCUGCACGAAAUCAUGCAAGGCCAUGUCGCCGCAACACAGGCGGUUUCCACUUCGACGCAGUCUCAACUGGAGCAGCAGAUCAGCGCGCUAACGCUACAGGUCGAGGCCCUGUCAAAGCAGCUGAAUGAACGACGAGGAAGGGGGACCUCUCGCAACCGCCAGCGCAACAAGCAACGCAGCCCGUCAGGAAAACGUCAACCAGAGUCAUUAGAGACGGAUAGUGACUCUACGACAUCUUCACGCCGUCUAUUCGUCAAUGACCGAGUCAAUGGAACACAACAUCUCGUGGACACUGGCUCGGAUCUCUCAGUCUAUCCACGCGGCUUGCUGAAGAAGACCUCAUACACGCCAAUUGGAUACCAAUUGUACGCAGCGAAAGGUUCGACCAUCCAAAAUUAUGGAUUGGUCAACCUAGCACCGGAUCUCGGACUUAAUCGAGAUUUCACUUGGCGAUUCAUCGUCGCUGACGUAACCAAGCCGCUCAUCAGGGCUGAUUUCCUGAGUCAUUUUGACUUAACCGUCGACCUCAAACGCAAACGUUUGCGUGAUGGCAUUACCGAGAACUACCCCAGCAACUUCUAUGAAUACAGCAUCGUUCUCUUCAAUCAAAGCAAUCGAAGGCAAUUCAGUCUACAUUAUGCUACUUCGCGAUUACGAGGACAUCACUCACCCAGACACAACGUAUUCCCGGACUAA